UUCAUGGAAGCGAUGUCCCCCCAGCAGGAGACUCUAGGGGGGCAGCCGGGGCGCUCCUCGUCUCUGACAGGAGUGUCUAGGCUCGCCGGAAGCUCCGGAACCAAGAAGAAAAUGAAAACACUAGCAGAAAGGAGGAGGAGUGCUCCAUCUCUUAUCUUGGACAAAGCCUUGCAAAAACGACCCAGUACCAAGGAGAGUCCAUCUGCUAGUGUGGACACAUGUGCAUUUCUGUCAUCAUUUGCGUGCUCCAGUAGGACUCUAUUGAUUGAUGGCUGGGUAGAACUCAAAAGAGGCCUGCAGAGGCAGGAGCGCCAUCUUUUCCUGUUCAAUGAUUUGCUUGUUGUCGCCAAAAUCAAAUAUAACAACAACUUUAAGAUUAAAAAUAAAAUAAAGUUAAGUGACAUGUGGACAGCAAGCUGUGUGGAUGAAGUGGGAGAAGGCAACACCAACGCUACGAAAUCCUUUGUCUUGGGCUGGCCCACGGUGAACUUCGUGGCUACUUUCAGUUCUCCAGAACAAAAGGACAGGUGGCUAUCUCUCCUUCAGAGAUACAUCAAUCUAGAGAAAGAGAAGGACUACCCGAAGAGCAUUCCCCUCAAAAUCUUCGCCAAGGACAUUGGGAAUUGUGCCUAUUCUAAAACUAUAACAGUAAUGAAUUCAGAUACAGCAAAUGAAGUUAUCAACAUGUCUCUUCCAAUGCUGGGGAUAACUGGUUCUGAGAGAGAUUACCAAUUAUGGGUCAAUUCUGGCAAAGAAGAGGCACCAUACCCACUUAUUGGUCAUGAAUAUCCCUAUGGAAUUAAAAUGAGCCAUCUUCGAGACACAGUGCUCCUCACGCAGGGAUCAAAGGACUCCGCUACUCCUGGCAACCUCCAAGAGCCCUUCCUCAUGGAACAGCUGCCCCGAGAGAUGCAGUGCCAGUUCAUCCUGAAGCCCAGCCACCUGGCUGCUGCCCAGCACCUGAGUGAUUCAGGUCAGAAGACAUUUAAAAGGAGGAGAUCUAUCAUAAACUGGGCUUUUUGGAGGGGUUCUAGCACUCAUCUGGACAACUUGCCCAUAUCACCAACAUCUCCUAUGCCAGGCCAGCUUUUUGGUGUUUCUCUGCCAAAUAUCUGUGAGAAUGACAAUCUGCCCAAACCUGUUUUGGAUAUGCUUUUCUUUCUUAAUCAAAAAGGGCCCCUCACUAAAGGCAUCUUCAGACAGUCGGCCAAUGUGAAGUCCUGCAGGGAGCUAAAAGAGAAACUGAAUUCUGGAGUCGAAGUACACCUAGACUGUGAAUCUAUUUUUGUGAUAGCAUCUGUCUUAAAGGAUUUUCUACGAAAUAUUCCAGGAAGCAUUUUUUCAUCAGAUCUCUAUGAUCAUUGGGUCUGUGUAAUGGAUCAAGGUAAUGAUGAAGAGAAAAUAAAUACAAUUCAAAGGCUAUUAGACCAGCUCCCAAGAGCCAAUGUUAUUCUACUAAGGUAUCUUUUUGGAGUAUUACACAACAUUGAGCAACAUUGUUCAUCCAAUCAGAUGACAGCGUUUAAUUUAGCAGUGUGUAUCGCUCCAAGCAUUCUUUGGCCUCCUACUUCCUCCAGCCCAGAGUUAGAAAAUGAAUUUACAAAAAAGGUUUCCCUGCUUAUACAAUUUCUGAUUGAAAAUUGCUGUAGGAUAUUUGGAGAAGAAAUCACUUCCCUCUUGAGAGAGAUUUCAGUGAGAUGUGAUAAUAGAGAGAAUGCCUCAGACAUUUCCUGCUUCCAGCUGAAUGACUCCUCUUACGACAGCUUAGAAAAUGAGCUCAAUGAAGAUGUUGAUGCUCCAUGUAGUGACUUGGUAAAGAAACUUGGUCAGGGCAGCAGAAGCAUGGAUUCUGUCUUAACCCUCAGUGACUAUGACCUAGACCAGCCUGAAGUGGAAGGCCUUUUAACCCUGAGUGACUUUGACUUAGACCAUUCUAAAGAUGAAGACAUUCAAAUAAAACGGCCACUUGAAUCCAAACCAGUGAGCAUUUCAACGGUAUACACGAAGGUCCCACUGCGGGAUCAUGCUCAGGCCCCCUCCAGUGUGUGCACACCCACCUACCUGUCCACUGCUGCAGCAGUUGCUCCUAAGAGUCUGAGGCGACACCGGCGCUGCUCGGAGCCCAGCAUUGACUAUGUGGACUCAAAGCUUUCCUAUCUCAGGGAGUUUUAUCAGAAAAAGCUACGCAAGUCCAGCUGUGAUGCAAUUCUUUCUCAAAAAGAUGAGGACUAUAUAAAACAGACUCAGCCCCUCCAUGAAGAGGGUAAAGAAUGUUUUAAGCAGAGUUUAGUCACAGGCACUGAUAUCAGCAAGAAAAAUGCCACUAAUCAAAAUGUUAAGAAGAAAACCAUGUCUAGUAAUGAAGGAAAUCAUGUGAAACUCUUCCCUAAAUCCAAGCCAGUGGCCAUUUCUGUGGCCUCUUACACUGGCAUGUCUUCACAGGAUCAUUGCAAGAAUCAGCCCCUAAAUGCAGAUGCACCUGGUUACUCCCCACCACACACAGCAGAUGGUCUCAAAAGUUCAAGGAUGCACCGGCGCUGCUCAGAACCCAACAUAGAUGACCAGCACUGCAAGCUGACCUAUCUCAGAGGGAUUUAUUCAAAGAAACAUCAUAAAACCAGCUGUGAAGCUGGUCCCUUGCAUGGAGAAGAAGAUUAUCUCAAACGGCACAAGUCUUUGCAAAUGGAAGGGCAAAAACUUAUUAAUCAGAGUUUGGUCAUGGGGAUUGAGGUAGGCAAGAGUAGUGCCAUAAACCAGAACACUGAGAAGGUUUUACCCCCGAGAUUAAACAUUUGCCCAAGGACUAGUUAUUCCAGCUUAUCCUCCCCAGGCACUUCCCCUUCUGGCUCAUCAGUGAGCUCCCAGGACAGUGCUUUUUCUCAGAUUUCUGAACACUCCGUGUUUACACCCACUGAAACCUCCUCUCCAAUCGAUUGCACUUUUCAGGCUCAGCGAAAACAGGGAGAGCUUUCUUCUGACUGUAGCAGUUCCAGCUUUGUUUCUGUAACGCCCAGUUCCUCAUCAGGGCAGGCCAGUAGCCGCCUGACUCAUUCCAAAAAGGACACUCUAGAGUGGCAUUCACAAAUGCAUUCUGUUACUCUUCACCCUAGCACAUGGUUGAGAAACGGUGUGGCCAGUUUGAAAAACUGGUCCCUCAAAAAGAAGGCAAGGGCAUCUCGACCAGAGGAAAAGAAAGGUUCUCUGAAAGGACCCAUGGAGCCACCUCCAUACUCUUCUGGUUUUCCAGAAGCCAGUUUACUGCAAGAGGGACAGAAAGAUAUGCCCAUGAGGGCAACUGAAGAACUUGGAACUGGCCAAGUAACCCAAUGGUGUGCUUCUUACCCCUGCCAGGACUCAGAAAAACACUGUAGCUCUCCAUUCAGCCUCAUGGAAGAAAGACUGAAGUUCUGUAAGAAAUGGCACUCACACAAGGAAGUAGAGGGUGGUGCUCAGUGCUCUCCUGGUGCUCUCCCUUGUGAAGGGUCCUCACCCAGCUCUUUGACUGUGGACGAUGAUGUGCGCAGCUCAGAUGCAGGGCCUGCACUAGUUUGUGAUGAUGCAGACACACAUUUCACCAAAGACAUUUAG